UAAAAAUCGUUGCCUCCACGGUGUUGCGAGCACAUCACCUCUUCGUCGCAUCAAGAAGGAUUCACCUGAGGACGAGCGUGUUUGUUUAGGAUCAGGAUCACCUGAAGACAAGCGUGUUUGUUUUAGGACACUGAGGCUUGAAGAGAUGAGGGCGAAGAUUGAAGAUGGUGUUGUAUACUCGCCGUUUCCUGCGGCUGAUAUACCUUGCUGCUCCUUCUACAUUGCAGCGAAGACGGCAUUACUGGAUGACCCAGAGAAGCCGGCGCUGGCUGACGGCUUUGUCUCGCUGACAAGAAGAGAAUUAUUUUUGCUGAUGCAACGCUACGCCGUGGGAUUCCAGAAGCAUGGUGUUCAGCCCGGAGACCGAGUCUGUGUUCACAUUAACAGCAGCGUCUAUAGCUUUGCUGCUAUGUGGGGCUGCGUUUUCGCAGGUGCAAGCAUCGUGCUCGCCAAAACAUCGCUCACAGAAUGUGAACUUCGCUACCAGCUAAGCGACAGCGACAGCACUCACAUUCUAACGGAUACCGCCUUUGCAGUAAAGGCUCGUAAGGCGGCGUCUUCAUUAAAAAUAAAGGGACUGUUUGCGACAGCUCCUGCGGACGGAUUCGUGUCAACGUCUUCUUUCCUUAACACGGACGAGGCUUUCUUCCGGGAAGUCCUCGUGGAAAAUCCUCGAGACUGCGUGCUUGGAAUAUGCUACACCUCAGGAACCACCGGUCUUGCAAAGGGUGUUGUCAUCACACACUACGGCUUCGUGGCAAACAUGGCAACGGCAGGGCCUUGCUUUUCCUGGGAUGCCAGCGACGUGGUGUUGAUUGCUGCCCCUAUCACGCAUGCCUCUGGGAUUAACUGCAUCACUUUCGGCGUGCUUUUGGGCGCACAUUUUGUGAUAGCGACUCCCGGUGCCAGUCUACAAUGCAUCAGCGAACUCGUCGAAAAAUACAAGGUGACGUCCCUUUCCUUACCACCGGCACAUUUGCGGGCGAUCGUGGCGGGGAUGCAAAGCACAGGAAACCGGCUUAAGGGCAUCCGUCGCAUCGGAAGCGGAGGCAUGGUGUUUUCGGAGGCCCUUCUGAGGGAAAUUAAAGAAUCAUUUGUCGACUUCGAGUGUCUGGUGAACGGAUACGCCAUGACCGAGUCCGUGGGUAUCCUGUGCUCACCAUCCAUUCACGCGACCAAAGGUGCGGACGUUGGCUUUCCGGCUCCUUCUUCAGAAAUUAAGAUUGUUGACAUUUCGACAGAAAAGAAGUUGGGGCCCAACCAGACGGGUGAAGUGCGCUUUCGCAUUCCGUCUAUGACCAGGGGAUACUACAAGAGGCCAAAAGAGACAGCUGAGCUCUUCGACGAAGAUGGCUGGUGCAAGUCAGGGGACGCUGGAUAUUACGACAACGAUGGAAGGGUGUACAUAGUCCAGCGGCUGAAGGAGAUGAUCAAAUGCUUGGACAAUCAGGUGGUACCUGCUGAGAUCGAAGAACUGGUCCUCGAAGAACACCGGGAGGACAUCUCAGAAGUGGUCGUCGUAGGACUGACUCAUGAUGAGUACGGAGAAGCUCCAGCUGCUUUCGUCGUGCUCAACAAACAAAGUUCGAAGCAAUAUGACGAAGAACUUGCGAAGAAGAUAAAGACCACCGUUUCGGAUAACCUAGCUGUGCACAAGCACCUCUACGGUGGCGUGUUUUUCAUGGAGUCGCUGCCAAAGACAGAAACCGGAAAAGUCAGCCGCGCAACGCUGGUGGAAGAAGGUGCACGAAGAGGUUUGCUGCGCAGCAACACCCACUCCGCAUAAAUCAAGAGACCAUAUUCUUCACGGCAGCAGUCAUCGUCGGAUAUACGCCGACUUAUGAAUUAUUCCAAAGAUCGAAUUAAGUAACGUCUAUUCUUUUUCUUCUAUUUUUUUGUAUUUUUCUCAGCCACGGUGCAAGUGCUGAAAUCCAUCAUGACAUAAGUGAUUAACGAGAAGUACCAAAACGAAGUAUAAUUCACUACGCAAAGUAUUAUUGCAUCCUAGGAAACCCAGUUUGAGCGUCACGCUUUGGUUUUGUUGUUUAACCCACGUUCGAGGCAUGUGAAGGAGUGCAACUGAAUAGAGACGUAAAAGCAAACAAGUAUCUUACGCAAACGCUGUGGUGCGUGUUUGAAGUUACAAUGAUUGAGUUUAUUACGCUUAACGUGCGACCCAAGGUAGGCAAAGAUAUACACGGUACUAAAGUGUGGCAGUGGUUUGGAAUGAAGUGUUCAUCGCCUGCGUCGCCCCGUCGGUGUUUUCGCAAGUCUUACAAAGGUGGUCUUGUCUAAGUACGGUGUGCACCCGCAUCUGUUGCAGUGAUCUGCCUAAUGUCCCCCAGAUUAGUUUCUAAUUUUAAGGUCAUUUUAGCGUAUACGUCAACUAGCCGCGAAGCUUUCACAUACGCCCAUAUGUUUAGAAGACGCGGAGUGGUGCCAGCGUCGUCAUCUGGGUGUCGAGGGGAAACUUUUACAAAGCAAACAAUACAAAAAAUGACCUCAUGCCCUAAGCAAAAGUUCUGUCGGGACGUCAUGCUCCUUUUUCUGAAAGUUUAAAUUAUUUUAAGGUAUCUUAAGUAUUUUAAGAUUAAUAAGUAUGUUAUAUGGCGAGAAGUAUUAUUUUUCUUCUUUGAUCUUGCAGCUCCCCGCGCGCGUAUAAACUUGCUUGCGCAAUUUUCUUAAGAAUGCGAGCGAAUAGAAUAGGGAUGACUGACAAUGAUAGAGUGAUUUCAAACAUAAGUUUUAUAAUGGGGCGUUUGAAAUCAGUCCGCAGGUACGCAGUACAGGUUUUAUAAAACAGACACAGUGACAGCAAGCGAAGCGACAAUGGCAGGAAACAGCCGGAAACUUUGAGCUUCAUCAAUCGUCAUCUUCUUGCAUGAGCAGUGCGCUCUGCUUCUCCAAAUAGUGACAAUAUUAUUCACUAGAGUUUACGUUUAUUCGCCCAGAAAUAAGCGCCCAAUAUACAUGACAGAGGAAAACUAUUACGUUUCAGUAGGUGAAAAGUAUAGUAUGGCUAGAGCGUGGCCGACACACAGUCACAACGUAGCUAUUCUUGAGAAACCUGUUCAGAUAAUUAUUGAAACACUUGCUAUGCUGUGUAAUAAAAUGUAUUCGUGACUGCACUUAACAGGCAAUGAAGCUUUGCACUAUAUCAUUUGCGCCAUGUUCAUCCCGUCAGACUAUAAGGUAAGCAAGGUCUUCCCUGUUAACAAAUCGGGCAGUUGUUCACAUGCUUUGAAAUAUCGACCUAUUUCUUUAACGUGUCUUGCAUGUAAAGUUUCAGAACAUAUGCGUUAUACCAGUGUCACACGACGACUAUUGAUCGCGAUCAAACCCGAUCCUGAUCGAAAUUUUCGACUGUGAUUGGCUCCCUCGCACAGCAUGGGCAAAGGCUCUAAUCACGACCGAGAAAUUCGAUCCGGAUCAGGCUUGAUCGCGAUUGAAAGUGCGCCGUGUGACACCGGUAUUAUUCUCAAAUAGCCUUCUGAGUUCACCAGUGGACCUUCAUUUUAAUAUUGAUUACUUUUAUUGCGAUAGCAAUUAUAUGGCUAUUUAACUCUUAUGUAUUCGGCAAAACAGUAGCGUUUAAUCAGUAACUGUUACCUGCUGCCAUUGACGACGAAAAUGAACUUCCAGAUUAGAUUGUAAGUCCGAGGAAAGCCCGAAAACACAAGGAACUAUUUUUUACUUACUAGAAGUGGUCAAAUCGCCGAAGUGGUUUAGCUUGAUUUCAUAUAUAGUAUUCACAGAUUCAUAUAUCCUGUUGUUUAUUGUUUUCUGUAUUCUGCUCCGCAACCCUCUUUCAUUAUAUUUUGAUCUCUUUGCCUGUAUUGGCGUACGCUUAUAAACUUAUCAAAUAUUUCUUCUAUUUGCUCCUCCCUUAUGGAAUUCCCCACUUGGGCCUUCAAUGGCAAAAUAAAUGAAAUAA